ACUCUUGCCUCUUAAAAUUCACAAAAAACACAAGACAAAGCAAAAACUCAAAACUCAGAGAGCAGAGAAGAAGAAGCUUUCAACUCAACCAUGUCUGACGAGGAGCAUCACUUCGAAUCAAGGGCCGAUGCUGGAGCCUCCAAAACUUACCCUCAGCAAGCUGGAACCAUCCGCAAGAAUGGUUAUAUUGUCAUCAAAAACCGUCCUUGCAAGGUGGUUGAAGUUUCCACUUCAAAGACAGGAAAGCAUGGACAUGCGAAGUGCCACUUUGUGGGAAUUGAUAUCUUUACUGGGAAGAAGCUUGAAGAUAUUGUUCCUUCUUCCCACAAUUGUGAUGUUCCUCAUGUUAAUCGUACUGACUAUCAGCUGAUUGAUAUCUCUGAAGAUGGCUUUGUGAGUCUUCUUAUGGACAAUGGGAGCACCAAGGAUGAUUUAAGGCUUCCCACCGAUGAUAACCUGCUAAGCCAGAUUAAAGAUGGGUUUGCAGAAGGAAAGGACCUUGUGGUGUCUGUUAUGUCUGCAAUGGGAGAGGAGCAGAUCUGUGCCCUUAAGGACAUUGGUCCUAAGUAAGAUUUAAAUAUGAUGCUGUGGCAUUAGCCAUAGCUGAUGGCCAUAGAACUCUUCCAUGUGUACAACCGACUUCUAUUAGUACCUUAGCAGUAUUACAGCUCUUCUGGCUUGUGAUAAACAAAACUGAAAGAAUAUAGGCUUCACGAAUCUCGUGAUGAACAGAAUUUAUGUUGAUAGCAUGAUGGAGUAAUAUAUAUAUUAUACUAUUCUAUUA